CAGCACAUAGUCUUCCACUGGGCAGCUAGGUGACCACAAAUUCUACCCUGUCUAGAGGGGUAGGCAGAUGUGCGGUUUCCUGCUCCUUUAUUAAAACUUUCACCCGAGUUGGUCAUUGCAGUUUGGCUAGACGACUUGAUCAAGGUGAUGCUGAUUUUCACGGCUUGUGUUUUUGGGGUCAUUUUCGGGUCCCUCUGUGUGUAUACCGAUGGACGUCCAGUGAGCUGUUGCUUCAAAGUAGGACUCAGGAAACUGCCUUUUGACAAAGUGUUGAACUACAGAAUACUAACUAAACCACUGUGUCCUAUAACAGCAGUUGUGAUCCAGACAGUAUCUGGGAAAAGACUCUGUUUUGAUCCUAACAGUAAAUGGACAAAGAGAGUCAUGUGGAAGGUGGAUGAAGCAAAGAAGAGGACCAGAGAGCAGGAUCCUGUACCUGCAGAAGGAGCGUCAACGGAGGGGAGCAGACAAAGGGCAGAACCAGUAACAGCAACAGAGUUGCCACUAAAUAGCCAGUGGAACAUAGUAAAAGCAAGACAGAAGAGUAAAAGUUAAAGCUAAAGACAACCACAAACAGGUCUCAUAAAGGUGCCAAAGACAUGAGAAAAAGGAGGUGUAAAAGGAAAUAAUAUGGAGUGUGAGAACAAAAACUGUGGGAAAUGAUGUGCUAAACAGUACUGAAACUGACUCAA